GGCGGGUCCUGGCGCGUCAGACCCGGAAGUGAUGUGCAGUCAGCAGACUGGGAGAAAACAACAACAUCAGCUCGUUGUUAGUCCCGGUCCAGUUUCCACGGAGCCGCCCGGUCAGACCCGGUCCUUUCUCCCGGUUUUCCCCGGCGGACGGUGAGCAGGCAGCGGGCAGAGAUGUGGAUCCAGCCGGAGGAGGUGCUGCUGGCCGGAGCGCUGUGGGUGUCCGAGCGGGCCAACCCGUUCUUCAUCCUGCAGAGGAGGAGGGGGCACGGCCGCGGGGGGGGGCUCUCCGGUCUCCUGGUUGGGACUCUGGAUGUGGUUCUGGACUCCAGUGCCAGAGUGGCUCCGUACAGGAUCCUGCUCCAGACUGCGGACUCUCAGAUCUACUGGAACAUCGCCUGUGGCUCGUCCAGAAAGGAGAUCACGGAGCACUGGGAUUGGCUGGAGACCAACCUUCUGCAGACCAUCUCCAUCUUUGACAGCGACGAAGACGUCACCACCUUUGUCAAGGGAAAGAUUUCUGGCAUGAUUGCGGAGGAGAACAGGCUGAAGCAAGGGGACGAACAGGAGGAGGAUUGUGGGAAGUUUCGGGAGGCCGAGCUGAAGAUGAGGAGGCUGUUUGGGAUGCCCGAGGAGGAGAAGCUGGUGAACUAUUACUCCUGCAGCUACUGGAAGGGCAGAGUGCCGCGGCAGGGCUGGCUUUACCUGUCCGUCAACCACCUGUGCUUCUACUCCUUCCUGCUGGGCAAAGAGGUAACCCUGGUGGUGCAGUGGACGGAGGUGACCCAGCUGGAGAAGAACGCCACCCUGUUGUUUCCGGAGAGCGUUCGUGUCAGCACACGUGACACCGAACAUUUCUUCUCCAUGUUCCUCAACAUCAACGACACCUUCAAGCUGAUGGAGCAGCUUGCCAACAUCGCCAUGCGGCAGAUUCUGGACAACGAGGCGUUUGCUGCCGACCGCUCGCUACCCAAACCCUGCAAGACCCUGAAGAACGUCUCUGCGCUCAAGAGGGAUUUGGAUGCGCGGGCGAAGAAUGAACGGUACAGGACGAUGUUCCGGCUGACCCAGGACGAGCGUCUGGACGGACACACGGACUGCACGCUGUGGACGCCGUUCGCUAAGAUGCACGUGGUUGGACAGCUGUUCAUCUCCAAUAACUACAUCUGUUUUAACAGCAGAGAAGAAGACCUGUGUCAGCUCAUCAUCCCACUCAGAGAGGUGUCCAUCGUGGAGAAGGCGGACAGCAGCAGCGUCCUACCAUGUCCCGUCUCCAUCAGCACAAAGAACAAGAUGAACUUCCUGUUUGCCAACCUGAAAGACAGAGACUUCCUGGUCCAACGCAUCUCUGACUUCUUGCAGCGAACGCCCGACAGCUCAUGGGGCGACACCAGCCCGCUGUCUCUGAUAGGUCACUCGGGGUCCUCCGGAACCCCCUCGUCCUCGACUGCAGAGUCCGUCCAAAGGGGGCGUCAUUACCACACCGGUCUGCCCACAGCCAGCCAGGGUCUGCUGCAGCUCUACCACCGAGAUGCACCGGAGGACCUUGGACCCAAGGCCAUGAAGGAGAAGAUGAAGGAGGAAGCCUGGAACAUCCAUUUCUCCGAGUUUGGUCGAGGUGUCUGCAUGUACCGAACCUCCAGAACCAGAGAACUCGUCCUCAACGGGAUCCCAGAGCGCCUGAGAGGAGAGCUGUGGCUACUGUUCUCUGGAGCGCAGAACGAGAUGGCGACCCACCCUGGUUACUAUGGCGACCUGGUGGAGCAGGCCAUGGGGUUGUGUUCAUUGGCUACCGAGGAGAUCGAGCGCGACCUUCACCGCUCCAUGCCCGAGCACCGAGCCUUCCAGAACGAUAUGGGCAUCGCCGCACUGCGCCGCGUCCUCACUGCCUAUGCCCACCGCAAUCCCGGCAUCGGAUACUGUCAGGCGAUGAACAUCGUCACCUCCGUCCUGUUGCUCUACUGUCCAGAGGAGGAAGCUUUCUGGCUAUUGGUGGCGCUGUGUGAGCGCAUGCUGCCUGACUACUACAACACCAGAGUCGUAGGUGCUCUGGUGGAUCAGGGGGUCUUUGAGGAGCUGACCCGGGCCUUCCUGCCUCUGCUGUAUGAACACAUGCAGGAGCUGGGAGUCAUCUCCACAAUCAGCCUGUCCUGGUUUCUCACACUCUUCCUGUCAGUGAUGCCAUUUGACAGUGCCGUCUUAUUGGUCGACUGCUUCUUCUAUGAAGGCAUCAAGGUCAUCUUCCAGGUGGCACUGGCUGUGCUCCACGACAACAUGGACGUCCUGCUGUCCUGCAGCGACGAGGGGGAAGCCAUGACCAUCCUGGCCAGGUACCUGGAUAAUGUUGUGAAUAAACAGACGGUGGCUCCACCCAUCCCUCACCUGCACGCCCUGCUGACGAGUGGAGACGAUCCCCCGCCUGAGAUCGACAUCUUUGACCUCAUCAAGUCGUCCUAUGAGAAGUUCGGCAGCUUGCGCUCUGAUGUCAUCGAGCAGAUGAGGUUCAAGCAGAGGUUAAAGGUCAUCCAGUGUCUGGAGGACACGGCCAAGAGGAGCGUGGUGAGAGCAAUGAUGACGGAGUCCGCCUUCAGUAUCGAGGAGCUGGAGGAGCUUUACUGUCUCUUUAAGUCCAAACACAUGACGAGCUGUUACUGGGGCUCCAGCAGCUCUGCGGCCGAGCGUCACGAUCCCAGCCUGCCGUACCUGGAGCAGUACCGCAUCGACCCGGCUCAGUUCACCCAGCUGUUCACCGCACUCGCUCCCUGGGUCUGUGGAGGCCACACCCACACACUGUCGGCCCGCCUCUUCAGACUCCUGGACCAGAACCAGGACGGACUGGUCAACUUCAAAGAGUUCAUCACUGGACUCAGUGGGAUGUAUCAUGGAGACAUGACAGAGAAACUCAAACUGCUGUACAAGCUCCACCUCCCACCAGCUCUGUGUCCUGAGGAGGCGGAGUCAGCUCUGGAGGCAACACACUUCUUCACCGAGGACGUGCCACGAGGUGAGGAGGGGAAGGAUGGAGGCGCAGACGGCGAGGAGAAGAAAGAGGAGAAGGUGAAGGACUACAGGUACUACCUGAGGAUGUGGGCCAAAGAGAAGGAACCCAAGACAGAGACCAUCAAAGACCUGCCCAGGAUGAACCAGGAGCAGUUCAUAGACUUGUGUAAGACUCUGUACAACAUGUUCAGCGAGGAGCCUCUGGAGCAGCAGCUCUAUCACUCCAUCGCCACCGUCGCCAGCCUGCUGCUGCGGAUCGGAGAAGUUGGCAAGAAGUUCAACAACGGCAGCAAGAAGACAGAUGAUGCCGCAGCUCAGGCUCCGCCCCCUGACCUUCAGAGCGAGGAGGGGCCGGGAGAGGGGGGGUCAGGUGAGUCUCAGGUGUGCCGGGCUCUGGCCGAUGCUCAGCUGGAGCCGGCGGCUCCGCAGACGUCCGACGAGGAAACCAAAGACGACACUUCGGUGUCGUCGUACUCGGUGGUGAGCUCUGGCUCGCUGCAGUGCGAGGACAUCGCCGACGACACUGUGCUGAUCAGCGGCGGCGAGCAAAGGCAAGGUAGCGUGCUGGAUGUUGAUUGGUCAAUCACCUUCGAGCAGGUGCUGGCAUCACUGCUGACGGAGCCGCCGCUCGUCGAUUACUUUGAGAAGAAGAGGGACAUCCACAGCAAGAUGGCCGUCUGUAAAGCCCAACGGGCGGUAGAGCGUCAGACAAGCUCCGCCUCCGACCAUGAACUCACUCAGCACUCCACCUGACCACCUGACUCCCGUCCAUCAGAGGCUGCAAACUGAACCGUUAGUUCUGCAGACAGGAUUUAAAAACAUUAGUUGUCAUGAGUUCAGGUGAUCGUACCUUUAUUACACUUCGUGCAGGAGUUUCACAGUUAAAGCCCUCCAGGGACGGGAUUAUGGAGGGCUUUUAAUGUGAAAGAGUUUGGAGGAAGUGCUCAUUUGUUUUAACAGCAAACAGGAAACAACCAGAUAUAACACUUAAAAUUUACAAAUAAGCACUUGGAUCUCCACCACACUAAACACAGCUUAGGAUCAGCAGGGGGAGGAGCAGGUAGACCUGCAGGUCCCUGUGCAGGUUAAAAAUAAACAGUCUCUGAAACUAUCACUAGCAGCCGAGCAGGUGAAUCAGGUGAAGAGAGUGCUGACUGAACUACGGAAGCCCCAACGUCCUAACUCGUGUUUUCGUUGAACCAACUUUUUCUCACAAGAUAAAGAACUAAAUCAUCUCCGCGUGAUCAAAAGAGUGUUCGAUAUGUUUCUGAUACAAAUGAUUGAUUUCUGAGUAAACAGGAGAACCCUUUCCCCUGUACCUGUACACCUAUACCCGUUCCCCUGUACCCGUUCCCCUGUACCCGUACACUGUACCCGUUCCCCUGUCCCCGUACACCUAUACCUGUUCCCCUGUACCCGUACACCUAUACCCGUUCCCCUGUACCCGUACACCUAUACCUGUUCCCCUGUCCCCGUACACCUAUACCUGUUCCCCUGUACCCGUACACCUAUACCCGUUCCCCAGUACCUGUAUACUGUACCCGUUCCCCUGUACCCGUACACCUAUACCCGUUCCCCAGUACCUGUAUACUGUACCCGUUCCCCUGUACCCAUACACUUGUACCCGUUCCCCUGUACCCGUACACUUGUACCUGUAUACCUGUACCCAUUACCCUGUACCCAUACACUUGUACCCGUACCCGUUCCCCUGUACCCGUUCCCCUGUACCCGUACAUUUGUACCCGUUCCCCUGUACCCAUACAUUUGUACCUGUUCCCCUGUACCCAUUCCCCUGUACCUGUACACCUUUACCUGUAAACCUGUACCCGUACAACUGUAUCUGUACACCCGUACCCGUUCCCCUGUACCCGUACACCCGUACCCGUUCCCCUGUACCCGUUCCCCUGUACCCGUUCCCCUGUACCCGUACACCCGUAUCCGUUACCCUGUACCCGUACACCCGUACCCGUUCCCCUGUACCCGUUCCCCUGUACCCGUACACCUGUACCCGUACACCCUUACCCGUUACCCUGUACCCGUACACCCGUACGCGUUCCCCUGUACCAGUUACCCUUUACCCGUACACCUGUACCCGUACACCCGUACCCGUUCCCCUGUACCCGUACACCCGUACCCGUACACCCUGUACCCGUUCCCCUGUACCCGUACACCCGUACCCGUUCCCCUGUACCCGUACACCUGUACCCGUUACCCUGUACCCGUACACCUGUACCCGUUCCCCCUGUACUCCGCUCACCUGGGCAACAUAAAGAACAUUUAUGUAAAAAGGUGCUUAAUGUUGGAACAGGCUGAAAUGUUUUCUUUUGAUGACUGAAGAAGGAAGUGCACAGGUAUCCAGAGGAAAUAAAACACGCUGUUAAACUCUCUUUUAAUUUCUGUACAGAUAUAUUAACUGUUUAUUAAUCACCGGGUCGUAUUACCUGAACAAACUCAUGUAUCUGUUUCACUCAGGUGAGUUCACCUGUAGACUUUUAUUUUUACGUCACUGAAGCCUUGUUUGUUUGUGUCUGCUGCCUGAUGACAUCACUCCUGUUUACUUCCUGUUGAUGAUGUCACAGGAUGUUUUUAUUUGAUUUUUAAAAUCCAUUUAUUGGUCAGUUAUUGAUCUGUAUCCUGUUGUCUAAUAAAUACUGAACAAAG